AUGAGCUUUGAGAUAACUCCAAGAUGGGAAAGCGGGUUUGUGGGGGUUGUUAAGAUCGGCGACACAGAACGAGCCAUUGCUGGUGUGGUCAGAAGAGGCAACAAGGUUGGCGUCCCUGGUGCUGAUAGCGACACCAUAAAUGACCACACCCAUGGCGUGGGAUACAAAGGAGUGAUGAGUGAUGGCGUUGUCGGAAUGAAGAGCAACACCAUUGUGUCCUUGUCAUUUGGAACCCAGGUGCUGGUUAACGCUAGCUCCAUGGGAGACGCCCUUGGUAGUAGGAGAUGCUGGGUUACUGAAGAUGCUGAAGAGGGAGGUGCCGAAGAGGGAGAUGCCGAAGGAGGAGGCGUCCAAGAGGGAGGCACCCAGAAGGGAGGCAUCCAAGAGGGAGGCAUCCAAGAAUGA